GUCGUUUGCAACAAAACCCUUUGUUUUAGUUGUAAAUGUUAUUAAAUCGAUAGUGCGGUAUGGCAGAUGUCAGCUGGAGAAUGCUUUCCAUGAAAUUAUGGGGUACAUAAUGCGGCGCUUUCUGCGUACGGCUAUGAUCGUGUUCAGUUGGUUCGUUGUACCCUAUAGCCGAUUCACCAACAUCAAAGUGAAUCGAAAAAAACUGCCGCCCAUCAAAUCGCAUCUAUUGGAAAUACCCGCUGUCGAUCUCGCCAAAAUGAUCAGAACACGAAAGAUCAAAAGCGAAGAAGUGGUGGAAGCCUAUAUAGAGCGAUGUAAACAGGUGAAUCCUCUCAUUAAUGCCAUUGUACAGGAUCGCUUUGAAGAGGCUCUGGAAGAGGCUCGAGAAGUUGAUCGCGUCAUUGCAAUGGGCAUUAACACGGAGGAGGAAAUGGAAGAGAACACUCCACUUCUGGGAAUACCGGUGACUGUAAAGGAAUCCAUAGCCGUUAAAGGUAUGAGUAAUCAAACCGGACGUGUUUUUAAGACACCACAAAUUGCCAAAGCAGAUGCUCCUGUGGUGGAACAAAUUAAGCGGGCUGGUGGAAUUAUACUCCUAGUUUCCAACACUCCUGAAUUAUGUUUGCUAUGGGAAACUUAUAACAAUGUUACGGGGCAAACACGAAAUCCCUACGAUUUGAAACGGACUCCUGGUGGUUCAUCGGGUGGUGAGGCUGCCCUUUUGGCUAGUGGUGCUUCGCUAUUGGGUCUUACCUCGGAUAUUGGUGGUUCUUCUCGUCUGCCGGCUAUGUUUAGUGGUAUAUGGGGUCAUAAGCCAACACCGUAUGCGGUGUCGUUUAAGGGCCACCAUCCCACCUCGGAUUUCCCAAAAUGGGGUGAUUUCUUUACCAUUGCCCCCAUGACACGAUAUGCUAAAGAUUUACCACUCCUGCUGAGAUGUAUGGUUGAUCCAAAUGGCACAAAAUUAACCCUCGAAAAGGAGAUCAGUGUAACUGGUAUACGAUUCUUUUUUAUGGACAACGACGGGCCCUCGGGUAUGAUGCGCCCGCUUAGCCGGGAUCUACAUGCAGCCAUUAAUCGUGUGGCCAAUGAUUUCAAGGCAAAACGUGUUAAUAUACGCAAAAUGAAAUGGUCCCUGGAUAUAUCCCUUUCCGCCAUGUUAACCAUGAAAAAUAUCGAAACAAUUUAUCACAAAACCGAAGAAGGCGAACGACCAAAAACCAUUUGCACCGAAACCGUGAAAUAUUUCUUUGGCUGCUCCGAUAGUAUCCUACCUUCGGUGAUCUUUGGUCAUUUGCAGAAUUUCAUGAAAAUUAUACCAAAUUCCCGGCAUAAACAUUUGGCCACCAUCAUUGAGGCCCUUAAGACUGAAUUCAAAGAACUAUUGGGCAACGAUGGAGUCUUCAUAUAUCCCACAUUCCCCAAUACUGCGCAUCAGCAUUAUCAAAUCUAUCACAAGCUGUUGGAACCCAUGUAUAUGGCUAUUUUCAAUACAUUGGGUUUGCCGGUGACCAAUUGUAUGAUUGGUUUGGAUCGUCGCCGGCUACCGAUGGGCAUACAGGUGGUGGCCAAUCCAGGGCAGGAUCAUUUAUGCUUGGCCGUGGCACGAGAAAUGGAACGACGUUAUGGUGGUUGGGUGAGGCCACCGUCAGAGGAUUCUAGUAAACGUAUUGACUAGGGAGCGAGUAUUAGAAU